AUGGAGAAAAUUACACCAGCCAAAGAGCUGAACGUCAUUAUUUUGGGAUCAAAAAGCUCCCACAAAUAUCUCGUUGGGAACAUCAUCCUGGGAACAAGUGCGUUUGACGCAGCGGAUGCGACAUGUGAUGCUGAGAGGCGAGCGGGAGAGGUAUGCGGGAGAAGCGUGACACUGGUAAAUGCCCCCGGGUGGCUGCGAGGAUAUAAACUCUGUGAUACUCCAGAACUUGUCCAGACGGAGGCGAUUCUCAGCGUCACCCUCUGUCCACCUGACCUGCAUGGAUUUAUCCUGGUGAUUAACACCGAGCAGCCAUUCAGAAGGGUACACAAGAGGGCAACCAAGGAGCACUUGGAGCAUUUUUUCGGGGAGAAGGUGUGGGAUCACACUUUGGUGGUGUUCACCCACAGAGGCGAACUAGGCCAUAACAACAUUGAGGAUUACAUCAGAGAGGAAGGGGCGCCGCUGAAGUCGCUCCUGGAGACCUGUGGUAACAGAUACCAUGUUCUUUGCGACGAAGGCGCAGACAACAGCGUGAAGGUCAAAGAGCUGUUUGAGAGGAUUGACGCCGUGGUGGCAGGAAACCAUUACGAAGUUAAGAGCACGCUGGUGAAAAGUGUGAAGGAGCGCAGGAAAAAGGUGCACAAGAGAGCAGAGAAGUUGUGUCAGCAGUCACAACAACGCAGGCAAACACUCAGAAGUCUCCUGUUAGACCCAAAGCCCAACCUGAGGAUACUGAUGGUCGGCUGGGUGUUUUCCGGGAAGAGUGCCACUGGGAACAGGAUUCUGGGAGCUCAAGUGUUUCAGUCUGGUGACCGGACCAUGAGAGUCUCAAAGCAAAUUGGCGAGGUGGCUGGAAGAGAGGUCAUCAUCGUGGACACUCCUGGAUGGUGGAAGUUCUUCCGGGCUAUAUUCAACCCCGCUGACAUGAAGUCUGAGAUCUUAAGCGCCGUGUCGCUGUGCUCGCCUGCACCGAAUGUCAUUUUGCUGGCGGUGCCACUCGACACGUCGUUCACCGAGGAACAAAGACAGGUCACCGAGGAGAACAUGAGGCUGCUCGGACACAGAGUGUGGAGACACGUAAUCGUGCUGUUUACUUUCGGGGACGUUCAGGGGAAGAAAACAAUCGAGCAGCACAUUGAAAGUGAAGGAAAGCCGCUCCGCUGGCUCAUUGAGAAAUGUGGAAACAGGUAUCACGUGCUGGACAACAGGAGCAGAGCCGAUGAUCAGGUUACAGAGCUGCUGAAGAGGAUGGAGGAGAUGGUGGCGGGAAACAGCACUUUCUACCUGAGUGAGACACAUGAUGAUCCACAAGCUGAGAGAGACGGAGGCGAUAGAUUUAGUAAGAAAAAUGAUGAGAACACAGCCAAAGAGAUCCGAGAGCAUCUCAACAUCGCGUGGAAUCGCAAGAACUGGGAAUACGAAAGCAUGGAUAUACCACUAACCUUUGAAAAAGACACGCAGAUGUCUGAGGAUCCAGCGCGAGACAAUGGAGCGACAGGGCACCAACAUGAAGAUGACCAGUCAGUAAAAUCCGGCGCUGGUCUAGAAGUUGAAAGUGAAGAUGAUACAUGUGCAGGCUCUCUGAAGAACAUGACGGGAUUGCUGGAGAGAGAGUGGAGCAGACAGGAGGCUUCGAUGGAGCUUCACCACGAGCUCUGUGCAGACAAGAGAGGCGAUGAACCAGGUAUUGAUGAGUUGCGGGAAUCCAGAGAUAAAGUGCUGUCAUGGCUGAAAAUCCACCAUACAACAUCAGGGCGUGAGACAGAGAAAGAGAAUAAACGUGGGAAAAAGAGGUUUGUUCUUCAGCCUAAGAAACAAACUGAAGGGAUGUCAACGAGGAAGAAGAAAUCAUCUAAAAAGUAUCAAUGA